CUCCCUGACUGAGGAAAUCUACACGGGACUCUGUUAUAAAACCACAGGAUAAAGAUGAAAUAAAUGUCUGCUGUCAAUGAUGUAUAGAUUAGUGUUACAGAAAUCUCUCACAGUGACAGGUGUUAGGUGUGGUAGUCACAUUUCCCGUGUAUCCUCAGACCGGGUCUGGAUCUGUGAUAUAGACAAUCUCAUCUUGACAAACACAGCAGGUGAUAAACUACAUCAUCUGACAGAUAUAUAUAGUAAUACUGGAGUACACACAGUGACUAGAGACGGUGAUUUAAUUUAUAUAGACAGUCACGGUAACAUCAACAAACUGUCUACAGAUCACAGAGUAAAGACUACAUUAAUACAGUACAACACAGCACCAUGGAGACCACAGUGUGUCUACAGCUCCCCCUCCACUGGAGACCUGCUGGUCGGGAUACGUAAUACUGAUACAAAGACAGGCAAGGUAAACCGUUACAAUAACACAGGACAACACAUACAGACCAUACAGCACGACAACAACACAGGUCAGGGACUGUAUAGUAGACCUAUCUACAUCACAGAGAACCACAAUGGAGAUGUUAUUGUGUCUGACAGGUACCGUAAUGCUGUAGUGGUGACAGAUCGUGUAGGUAGAUGUCGCUUCUCCUACACAGGACCUCCAUCAGGAUCACGACUAUAUCCACAAGGAAUCUGUACUGACGCGCUGUCACACAUCCUGGUGUGUGAUUAUAACACCUACACAGUACACAUGAUUGACAAGGACGGGCAAUUCCUGUCACAGAUAGAGACACGACAACACGGGAUAGACACACCAUGGGGCCUGAGUUAUGAUGAUAGAACUCACUUACUCUGGAUUGGAUCAUACAUAGACAACACAGUAAACAUCUAUAGACUUAAUUAUGGAGACUCUCUGACCGCGCUCUCUCUGGAGAAGAUGAAGUGUGUGAAGCAUCCCAGAGGUACAUUGUCCCAGUUCUGUAUCCCGUGUGAGACUGCCUUGUGUGAGAUGUGCUUCAGGACCUCUAGUGAUCAUAUAAAACAUGAUGUUAAAGAUGUUGAGAAAUUGUUUCGUGAAAUUCACAAGAGAAAAGAUGGAGAUGCAGUGUUGAUGUGCCUUCUUCUUUGCCAGAACUACAAAAUAAGUCUUGAAGAAAAAGAGUGGAUAGAGAAGUAUAAUGCUGUGGCUGAAGAUUUCAAAUUCAAGAAGAUAAAGAAACAAUCUGAUCUUAGCAAAAUCAAAAAGUACAAACCAGUACUUAAACAAGAUGGUCCCGGGGUCAUAUUUAGUUGUGAAUUCUUCAAACACACCAGUUUUCUUAGAUUUGCAAAAGAUCCCAAAUUUAUGGAUUUUUUUCUGACCUGGGCAAGAAAAGAUAACACAGCUGAGUACUGCAGAACAUGGGCCUAUCCAAAGAAAGAAGGUGAAGUCUUUUGUUGGUUACCAUCACAACAAACCGAACAAUUGAUAGAAAAACUUGGAGAGGAUAUUUUCACACAUCCAACAUGGCAAGACACAUCAAUACAUGAAGCUGUUUUUAGAAACCUUGGGAUACCAAUGCAGGUCAUAAUGAGAGGAGAUGAUUCAGUAAAGAAUUUCCUGGAAAAUCUCAAGAAAGGAAAGACAACGAUGUACCACGCCACUGGGAUGUUAAUAGGAUGCGGAGGCAGUGGAAAAACAACGUUACUUGGAAGAUUAAAAGGCAUUGACGUGAAAGAUAUCCUGAAUAACACAAGAUCCACCAGAGGAAUAGACAUUCAGUCCGAUGUCUUUGAUGUGUCAGACACCAUCAAAGUAAAUUCAUCAGACCAAAAACAACGCAUUAAGGUUAGAUUUAAGGAAACAAGUCAACAUCAAAGGGUUCCAGAACUUCAUGAAGAAAUAUCCAAUAAGAUGAAAUCGCUAGAUAUUGAUGACCCAGGGGAUAAUGAAGAAGACACUGCCAGCAAGGCCGCUAAUGAUAAAGAUAUGUCACAUGACAGCACAAACACAGAAACCGAGUCACUCAAAGGAGAUGAAGCCGCUGCUCCAUUGUUUGAAAAGACAGAGGAAAAAGUUGAAGAAACUCAAACUGUUGCUAAGAAUUCAGAAAGUUGGGGAAUUUUACGAGUCUCCAGACAAGUUUUGGAUGAACCAGAGAAAAAAAUCUCCAUGGUUGAUUUUGCGGGACAGUGUUCAUAUUAUUCCUCACACCAGAUUUUUCUUAGUCCACGUGCAUUCUUCAUUCUGGUGCUCAAUAUGGAGAAAAACUUUGAUGAAAUGGUUGGAGAAGAAGUGUGUAGCCAGGAACGUUCCAUUUAUAAAGGAUGGACACACAGAGAUUAUCUGACGUUCUGGACAAAAUCCAUUCAUCAAUACAGCAGUGAAAAGGCUCCAGUUUUACUGGUUGGCACUCAUGCUGAGGAAAAAACAGAACAGGAAAAAGCAGAAUUUUUCCGUGAGAUAUGGAAGGCUUUGAAAACAAAAACUAACACCCUGCAGGGGCAUCUUGACAAGACGAGGGGAUUUGCAAUAGGAUUCCAUGAAAAUGAAGGCAUUGAAAAAAUCAAACUGUCAAUUGUUGAUGUUGUUCAGAAACUUGAUCACUGGGGUGAAAUGCUUCCGCAUUCAUGGGCUAUGUUUGAAAACUUCUUCCAGGAGAAGAAAUACCUUAAAAUAAUCAAUAAAAGAAUACUUCUGGCUUUCAAUGAAGUCUUACCAAAGGAAAUUAAAUUGGAGACAGUUGAAGAUAUCAAUACCAUGCUGCAGUUUUUCCAUGAUAUCAGAGAAAUCUUGUAUUUCAACCAAGAAUUUCUGAGAGAAGUAAUCAUUCUUGAUGUUCAGUGGUUUGCAGAUGCAUUCAAAAAUGUAAUUACUGAUAAAAACCAUGCAAAGGAGGAUUUACUUGAGUUUACAUCAGAGUGGGACCAAUUUGAUGACACUGGAGAAUUGAGUGACACUUUGCUGUCCAGGAUUUGGAAAAUGAACAAUAAUGAAUACCUUGAACACAAAGAUGAUAUUAUGCUGUACAUGGAGAAGCUAGGGCUCUUGGCUAAAAUAGAUGGCAAAAAAUGGUAUGUUCCUUGUAUGAACAAAACACCAUUUCCCAUAGGUGCAUUUGCAUCAUACCCUGCCUCAUCCAUCCUCUGCUACACGUUUGAUGUUCUCCCUGCUGGAAUUUUCCAUCGCCUUGUAGCGAUUUGCAUGCAGAAUACUUCAAAGAUUUUUUCCUUUGAGGACCGAGGAUGCAUUUACCAGACUGCGGCUAAGUUCAUGUAUCAGGACCGCCACCAUAACGUUCUGAUCGGAAUGACCCAGACAGAAAUUCAGUUGCAGGUGUUUGUUGUAGAGGGAGAUGUUGAUGUUUCAAAAUGUCACCAAAUAAGAGAAAUACUUGAGAGUGUGUUACACGAUCUUUCAAACACAUUCCAGGAAAACUCUGAAUUCCGCGUUGCGUUCAAAUGUAAACCUGCUGGAUUUUGUGACAACAGAGAGAGUGCUGUCCUAAGUGAAUCAGAGUUUUCUCAAGCAACUUUUCAGUGUCCUUCCUGUAAACAAAAGAACAUUCAUGUUAUUAAUACAAGAGACAUCACAAAAUAUUGGAAACAGGAACAGCAACAAAAGAAUUUGGACGAGGAGAGAAGACUUCUUAGUCCAGUUGAUUCUUUAGAACGAAGACCAACAGAUAAAGAACUGAUGAUGGUCAGUGGACAAAUUGGGGCAAUUUUCCAAAUAGGGAUUGGUCUUGGCUUAGACAAUGCUACAAUCCAACAAAUCAGGAUUGAUUACCAGAAUCACGGUGUGAAGAUACAGGUGUUUCAAAUACUUUGUGAGUGGAAAAGGAAGGAGGGGGGACAAGCGAGUGUGAAGAAGCUCCUUGCUGCAAUCAAAGAAUUCAAAGACGAAGUCGAUUUUGAGAGAAUAGAAAAUGUUUUUAAUAUGUGA